AUGGGAGCUCUGGAGAAGCGGACAAUUCGAGCCGAGAUGAAGGAUAUCACAGAGGAACUCCUGCAGAAGCAGAUCAAUGAGAAACACGAGUGCUUCCACAAUGACAAGCCAACGGUAGUCUGCUUCCUCUUCGUCGCUAGUCUGCCCGUCGGCAGCACGGCCGAAUGCGAGGAAAGCGGCGAGAAGUGCAGGUCCUUCCCGGAGUACUCAUCUUCCUCGACCGGGGGGUUUGGAUAUGAUAACAGGUGCAACUCCUACAGCUUCAACGGUCCCAGUGGGAAGGAUGAUGGCUUUGCCAGCUCCAGCGAUCCCGAGCUGAAGAGGAAGCGGCGUGUCGCCUCUUACAACUCCUUCGCCAUGGAACGCAAGCUCAAGUCCUCGGUGAGGAACAGCUUCAAGUGGAUCAAGAACAAGUUCACCGACGCAGUCUAUGGAGUCUAA